AUCUGUGUAAAUUUAUACAAAUAAAUGCGAUAUAAAUAAUACAAUAUUUAAAUUAUCCAUACAUUUAUUCAGAGGUGGUUGCAAUGCUGUGAAAAAAAGUUGUACCACAGAACAAUGAGACAGAUAUUUCACCGGAUGUAUAAAUGUGAAACUUCUGCUUGGCGUUUCCACAGUAAAACCAAGCCCAGUGGGAGAAUAUUAUUGCUAGAACGGGCUAAUAUAAUCUGGCGAGCUCGCGCUUGGCUCUGCCCACUAUGACCAAUUUGUUCCGAUUGGAAACGACAGGCUGUGGUCUAUCUUGAUUUAGUUAUAAAACUAUUUGGUUGUACUGCACUAGAGUCCUAAAAAAUAUAUAUAUUACCAAAGUUUAGCAUGUCUUUGCAGGGGGAAUGCUGGGCAUAAUAUCCUGUUGCUAGGAGAACGGUAAUGUCAGCACUGCAGUGUGGCUGAGCAUCUUUGGAGGGUCAGAGACAAAACAUGGCUAAACAACAAGACCCAGAGGACGAUGAAGAAAUCCUGAGCACGUUUGAAAAGUUUGUUCGGAAUCAAGGACUGGUUGACUGGCCUGUGGCGUUUGAGGAGAAUAUAGAGAUAUCAUCCCACUUCAAACAUUACAGUCAUCCCAGACAGAUAUAUGACUACUUUAAAGUAAAUGUACCAUUCCCAGUGGACGUCACCAUGUCCUUCUCCAAGAGCAUAGAGGAGCUAUAUUCCAAGAUAAAACUACAUGCAUCUAUAAUGUCACAAGAACAGAGCAAAAACAAGAAUGCGGAGUCAGUGUUUGAUGACAUGAAUAAAUAUAAAAUGUAUGUGCAAAGAGCACAUCGAAUCAUGAAAGAGCAGAGUGAGGCAGUGUCGCGGAGCUUGGACAUCAAGGACUAUGACUACCCAGGGUUUGAUGCAGUCGAGGACACUGACAUCCCAGGACAUCCUGAUGCCUUACAGCAUUUGGACAGAGUAUCAGAGGCCCAAGGCUUUAAUCCAGGCUUCCUGAAGAUCUGGAGGCCGUUCUUUCUGUGUGAUCUGUCCGUGGCUGUUCUCAAAGACACAUUCUGGUGGUUCUUCCUCCACAGAUUUAAGCCUAAUGUGGAGGAGGAGAGCCAGUUGUUUGAUCGGAUCUCUGGAGCCUUUGUCUCUCUGCUGAUGACCGUUCAGAUGGACCUGAAGGACAAGCUCUUUAAGGUGUAUGCAGACUGCCUGGCCCAGGCAGUCUACGCAGCGUUCUACGCAGCGUUCCCUGAGUCCAUGGAACGUCUAGGCCAUGACUUCAAGACAGACCUGACUGACCUCAUCUCCCUCUGGGUGUCAGGUGUGAAGCCCACCCUGUUGUCAUGGCAGAGCUGGAACCUGGGCUGGCUGGAUCCUGUAGACACGUCCGGGAAGAGCCAUGGAGAGUCAGCAUGUGACCUGCAGAUGGAGUUUGAGGAGCUGGUGUCCAGCGCCAGGAGACUAAGUCUCAGCAGCACAGAGAAGCAGAAGAGAGGAAGCAUUGUCAAUGCUGACUCCAAGAUGGACCGCAAGAGAGAGUUGACAGAACCCUGCUGGAACGCUGGAAAGAAAAUAUCUGAGCCAGAACAGUACUGUUUGGGUCGGCACCAUAGUGUAAAAAUGUCCCACUACAUCGGAGCAGGUCCAGAGUUCCAACAUGUCUGUUUCAAGCCCUGUGGUCAGAGUCCUCUGGUGUCUCGUUACCUGCACCUCCAAGACAUCCCUACACCCGCUGGAUCUGACACACGCAGGAUCAGACGCACUGAGAUCACCAACCUCACUCCUUCCAAACCCACCUACCAAGAGGUGCUGACUGAUGUGGAGGAGAGGAGCCACAAAAGGCAACAGGAAUACAACACGUUCUGCCAGCAGACCAAACAGGAGAUAGCUGACAUCCACAGAGAUCGACUGAUCCAUAACAUGAAACUCAACAGGAUGAAGAAAGAGAUUUUCAGUGACCGCAUGGAGGUGAAGAUCGCCAGCGAGGGAAUCAUGAAUAAAUGGAACCAUCCCCCAUACCGCCAGCGUCUGCAGAAGGGAGAGGGGAAAGAGAGGAAAGAGGAGUCAGAGGAGGUGAAGAAUACAAACCAACCUUCUGUUUCUCCAGAGAACCGAAAGACAGCUGGACAAUGACACUGCAACUUUCAGCUCUCCCUCUCUGCCAGCUGAGCUCUCUGUCUCUCUGUUUCUUGGUUUCUCUCCCUCUAUUUGUUUUUGGUUUCCCCCUCUCUCUCUCUCUCUCUCUCUCUCUCUCUCUCUCUCUCUCUCUCUCUCCCCCUCUCCCUCUCUCC